CCGCGCAUGACCCACGUGACUUCCGCCUUCAGGUUCUUUCCAUAGAGGUCUAUAGGAGAGUCGCCUCACUCUCUAUUGUAACGCCCUGAGUUCUCCGUCUGAUGAAAAAUAAAGUAACGUUGCUUCGCUGAGUUUGGAUGAAAGAGCUGUAACUGUUUAGGAACCGUUAAAGGAUCGUUAGAAGAGAAACUAACAACAGAGAUGUGGAGGCAGCAGCUCAAACGGUGGCAGAGUGCAGCAGAGGGAGAGAUUUCUAAGACGGCGACAAAAGACAAAGAAUAUAAGCUGAGUCACGACAUCAUGGAUGCUGGUUUCAACCCCAGAGUUGUGCUGCACAGAUUAGAUGUUAAGCAGAUACUGAUGGUUGAAGAAGCUCCUCUAGACCACAGACCUUGUGAUGACCUGCAUGACCCAAAGCCCCCACACAUAAAGGAGGAACAGGAGGAAGUCUGCACCAGUCUGGGAGGAGAGCAGCUUAAUGGGAAGGAGGAGUUUAAUCCCAUCAGGUUUCCAGUGAAUGCUACUCCCAUAAAGAGUGAGGAUGAUAAACAGUCCCUACUGUUCUCACAGAUUUAUCAAGACAAAGUUAAAGGCAGAGAGCUUCCAGAAGAGAACGAUAGAGGAGAAGAAUCCAUCCGGUUACAACAUCAUGAAGAUGGUUCCAUUUCUCCACAAACUGAAGACCCUAAGUAUGAAGAGGACGAUGAUGUAAAGCACCACAGAAUCCACAGAGAAGAGAAACCUUUCUGUUGUGAUCUUUGUGGACAAAGAUUUAGGCAUAAAAGAAAUUUAAACUGUCACAUGAGAAUCCACACAGGACAGAAACCUUUCUGUUGUGAUCUAUGUGGACAAAGAUUUAGCCGUAAAGCAAAUUUAAACAGACACACUCGAAUACACACAGGACAGAAACCUUUCUGUUGUGAACGUUGUGGACAAACAUUUAGCCAGAAAUCAAAUUUAAACAAACACAUUAGAAUCCACACAGGACAGAAACCUUUCUGUUGUGAUCUAUGUGGACAAAGAUUUAGCCGUAAAGCAAAUUUAAACAGACACACUCGAAUACACACAGGACAGAAACCUUUCUGUUGUGAACGUUGUGGACAAACAUUUAGCCACAAAGCAAAUUUAAACAGUCACAUUAGAAUCCACACAGGACAAAAACCUUUCUGCUGUGAUCUUUGUGGACAAAGAUUUAGCGAGAUAUCAAGUUUAAACAAACACACUCGAAUCCACACAGGACAGAAACCUUUCUGUUGUGAACUUUGUGGACAAACAUUCAGUCAUAAAGGAUAUUUAAACAGUCACAUUCGAUUCCACACAGGACAGAAACCUUUCUAUUGUGAACUUUGUGGACAAAGAUUCAGUCAUAAAGGAUAUUUAAACAGUCACACUCAAAUCCACACAGGACAGAAACCUUUCUGCUGUGAUCUUUGUGGACAAAGAUUUAGCCAGAAAUCAAAUUUAAACGAACACAUUCAAAUCCACGCAGGACAGAAACCUUUCUGUUGUGAUCUUUGUGGACAAAGAUUUAGCAAGAAAUCAAAUUUAAACAAACACAUUCAAAUCCACACAGGACAGAAACCUUUCUGUUGUGAUCUUUGUGGACAAAGAUUUACACACAAAUCAAGUUUAAACAGACAUAUGAGAAUCCACAUUAAAGGGAAAAUGGCUUAGCUAUAAAUACUCGCUCAAGCUGCACGGCUGUAGUUUGGUGAGACAUUUCGAUGUCAUUAGAGGCAACAGUCUUCAAAUGGCUUCAAUGUUUCUCUGGGGGUUAAUUUAUAUAUUUUUUAUGUCUUUACUUGUAUAACUGGAAUUUCUUUGCCAGGUAAGUUUUAUUCACUAUAUUUAGUCUUUUGUUUAGAUGGAGCUGUAGCACAGGUGUGUUUUCAUUGUAUGUAAAUAGUUUUACGGUUUUAGAUACAGAAUCAGGGCACCUUGCUGUCAUUAGGUCGACCAUGAACUCCUCUGUAUACCAGAGUAUCUUUGAGUCAAGGUUAAUCAGCUGAAGCUUGGAUCAAAGUGGAUCAUCAGUAGGAUAAUAAUCCCAAACAAAGCAGCAAAUGUAAAAAGGAUUGGCUUAUAAAAAGACCAAAUCCUGACUGAAAUUCUAGGUUCUCACCAGAGCUGUGCAAAAUUGAUGUCGGCAAAUCUCAAUGAAACGAGUCAAUGGUGAAAAGAGGGCCAAGAUCAUUUUUUUCUGUGUCUGAAUCCCCCAGUCAAUUACAGCUCAUAGGUGUUUCUUCCUCAUGUCAACACAUCCUUGCUCAGUAUGAAGGACUGCUGCAAAGUCAAUGUCUUUAUGCAGUUAGCUGGGCUUUCUUAACCUUUUAACCUGACGGACCCACCAUUGGGUUCGGUUGAGACACAGAAGAGAAAAUGACCGGUUUAAAGGUUCUGGACCACAUUGGAUGGAUCGGUGAUGGAUCAGUGAUUGAUGUUUACAAUCACCCCGACCCUCCUCCUCCAGAACAAAGAGGCUCCAUCUUUGUUCAAAGAGGCAGUUUAUAUUGGAGUGACUAAAGGCUUGUUUGAUUCAGAAUUGGUCACUAUACACUUUGCUGGACGAGUUUGUGUCACAAACAAGGAAUUUGAUUUGGGUUUCCAAAACCACAACAUAUAAAAAACAUUUAGAGAGAUAAAAAUAAGGACAAGGAGCAGAAUGUACAAGUGUGUGUGUGUGUGGGCUGGGAUGCAGCCCAUCAUAAUUUAUAUAUGUCUAUAUAAAUAAUAAUAGGGAAGGUUGUGAGUGCUGUAUCCUUAGUUGUUUUCAGCUCAGUACUGAAUGUUUUUCAUUGAUAGUUAUUUUCUGCGAAUUUGUAUGCAUUGUUUUUUAUUGAAUAUUCUUUAUUGCACAUUGGUGUACAUCGUUUGUCAUGGAUUAUUCUUUUUUUCAAUAAAAAAGGACAAUUUA